AUGGCGGCAAGGAAACUGCAACAAGAAGUCGACAAGUGCUUCAAAAAGGUGGCGGAAGGCGUCGCUGAAUUCGAGGCCAUCUACGAGAAGAUUGAGCAGUCCAACAAUAUCUCACAGAAGGAAAAGCUAGAAGACAACCUCAAACGGGAAAUAAAGAAGCUUCAACGCCUCCGUGAUCAAAUUAAGACAUGGGCGGCAAGCAACGAUAUCAAGGACAAGGCUCCUUUAUUGGACCACCGCCGCUUAAUCGAGACGCAAAUGGAGAAAUUUAAAGCGGUCGAGAAGGCCAUGAAGACUAAGGCAUACUCCAAGGAAGGGUUGGCAUCUUCUGCGAAACUUGACCCUCAAGAGCAAGCCAAGGCGGAGGCAAGCGAUUUCCUCAGCGGCAUGGUUGACGAGCUGGAGCAACAAAUCGAGACCCUUGAGGCGGAGAGCGAAUCGAUACAAGCGACCAUGAAGAAGGGCAAGAGCCAAGCUGCAAAGGCGGAACGCAUCGCCGAGAUCGAGCGCAUCAUCGAACGUCAUAAAUGGCAUCAAAGCAAGCUCGAACUAAUUCGAAGGUCCUUGGAGAACGGCGGCGUCGAUACAGAUCAAGUGACUGAUCUUGAAGAAACGAUUCGUUAUUAUGUCUCGGACGGCAUGAAUAACGACUUCGUCGAAGAUGACGAAAUGUACGACGACCUUAACUUGGAUGAGGAGGAGGGUGUAUACGGCAUCCCUCAAGACGGCGAUAAGGGCUCAUCGCAAGAUGCCCAGUCGCAAGCAGAAGAACCAACACCAGAGCCGGAGAUCAAACCACCCAGUGGUAAGGUAAAGGCAGUAGCAGAGGUUUCUGCUUCGGGACGAAGGUCUAGUGCGCAAUCAAAGUCCCCAUUACCUGCGCUGGCAACCUUACAUACGCCAUUAGCAACGAUCAGUAAUGGCAACGCGAAUGGCCCAGUUAUGAAGCCGGCUUCCGUCCCUGCAAGACCAGCAGAAGGCCUCAAGUACGCUUCCGCUGCCGCUGCCGCUGCGGCAUCAGACAAGAUCGGUAUAUCCCCGUUACCGCCUCCACCAGGCGCACAACCUGUAGCCACUGCUGCUGCUCCCGCUGCCGCCAAGACGAGCGCAACAAGUUCUCCCGCAACGGCACCAGCACACCCCGUUGCGGCGAAGGAGGCGGAAAUCAAACAACCCGCGUUGUCGUCAGGAAGUGUGAGCGAAACUCCAACGGCCAGCGCGAAGGCAACCCCCGCACCAACCAAGGCGGAAAAGCGGGCGGCCAAGAACCAGGCCGCGGCCGAGGCUGCAGAAGCAUCCAAGGGUGAGGUGCCACAGGCUUGUAAGCGACUUCAUGAGCUAAUUUCUUUUCCAGCUGCCCAGACGAAUGGCUCAGCCAAUGGUGUGAAGUCGGCUUCGGACGAGGAGGAAGAGUCAAUUUACCACCUUCCUUCGUCUCUGCAAGAUCUUGUCGAGUCGUUCGAAACAUCUCGCAAGAGGCCAGCCUCUUAUACUUCCGCAGCCACGCAACGCAUGCUCCAGGCAAGUCAGGCUAUGUGCCCCGACAUCUUGGACACGGACGUGCCACGAACCUACCGCCCAGAUCUUCGCCUUUCGUCAACAGGGACUGGCUUCCCUCAGGAGCCGCUUCCGUUGUUUGACGACCCGCGGCUGUACUCUCGCAUUGAUCCUGAUACGCUCUUCUACGUCUUCUACUACAAACAGGGCACACCUCAGCAAUAUUUGGCUGCUAAAGCGCUGAAAGAUCAGAGCUGGAGAUUCCAUAAGCAGUACCAAACCUGGUUUCAGCGGCAUGAGGAGCCAAAGAACAUCACCGAGGAGUUUGAGCAGGGCACGUACCGGUUCUUUGACUAUGAGAGCACUUGGAUGAACCGCAGAAAAGCGGACUUCAAGUUUGCGUACAAAUUCCUAGAGGACGAUGUAUGA